GGAAAAGAGGCAGGCAGCAAAGAAAACCACCACAGCCUAGACCAGCAAUAACAACAACAGCAGCAGCCCCCACCUUCCUCCAUCUCUCUCUUUCCUCACGCUGUCAACCGCCACCGGUAACCACCGCCAUUCCCCCCACUCGAUAAUGGAGGAGGCUGAGAAAAUAUUAGCUUUGAAGAAGACGUAUGUGGAGAUAAUCCUGAACUCGGCGAAGGAAUCGGCGGCUCGGAUUCUGGCGUCGGAGAGGAAGGCGCUUGGGUUCCAGCAGAGCCUUGUGGCUACGAAGGAGGAGGCCGUCUCCAUGCUCCUCCGCCUUAAAGGCAUCAUGGAUUCUAAGAUCAGAGAAGCAGAAAUGCAAUCAUCCGGUCAGGCAAGGAGGAUUCAGGAGCUUGAAGUUCAGCUGCAUGAAGCAGAAGAUACAAUAUAUUCUCUUAGAACAGAGUUGAAAAAAGUGAAUGCUGAACUGGAGCAGACAAAGAAUAAUCUUGCCGAGCCUUUGAUUAGACAAAAGACAAAUGCUCAUGCCACUUCUGAUGAUGACCAAUGCCAGGAGGACAAACUUAGUUCUGAUUCCAAGCUCUAUCCUCAACUUGGACCUGAAGAUAUAUCAGCUAUUGAUGCUAAGAAUGCCACUUUGAAUCAGACUGCGGAUGAUCACGACUAUUCCAUUGGAAAUGCAGCUAAAGCUGACCCGUUGAAAGAUCUUUCUGGGGGGAACAGGUGUACUAGCAAUCCUGAUUUAGCAUGUAUAAUAAUGAGAAGCAAAGAACCUGAGCUUUAUAGGAAUGGAUGUACCCAGCGAAUUCGUGCAUUUGAACAGAAUCUUCUUGAUGUGAAAGUUCCUUGUGGGCAAAGUAAUGAUCAGGUUUCAAAGAACGAUUUGAAAUUUUAUGAAGAUGAAAAAGCUAGAAGGUCCCAUGCUGCUGAUUCUGCUAAAUCAGCCAAGAUGGUAGAUCAGGAAAAAAAUCCUACCAAGUCCGGCGAACUUAAGUUCUUCCGCAGGCUUUCUCCAAGAAGAAAGAGAACAAAAUAUGUUUAUGUGAGAACUACCUCGUUUGGCACUUCUUCUGAUCAGGGCAUAACAGGUCAUAAACCAUCUGAUAAUAUGACCACAUCUGAUGAAAACCUGUUAAAGGCAGUCAAUGAAAAGACUUCUCAAGAAUCCAAUGGAUGUUUCAGAAGUUCAGAAGAUACAAAUUUAUGCGCAGGCAAGUCUUUCAAAAUUGAAACUCCAGGGCUUUUGCCAUGUACUAAGAGAACAUCAACCAGGAAAAGUGUUACAAAGGAAAGUCAUUUGGAUACUGAGGAUGAAACUUUGAAGGGCUCGGAAUCAAGCACAAAUGAUGUCAUGCAUCAAGGCAGUACUCUGCAAGUGGGGGGUCCGGUGUCCCCAGUACUAGAUCAGUCUGUAACAGCAAAGCUGGAUGUUUCUGUUGGUAAGACAGAGCCUAAGAUGGGCAAUGUUUCAACAAGAAAUCCUGAUUCCAAACAGGAGAAUGCUUAUGAAUCAAAUGAGCCUCCUGUUAUCAAAUAUACAUUCCAGAGGAAGCGUAAGAGAGGAUCCUCGAACAGCAAGGAUGAAACAAUUUUGCCUGAGAAAACAAGCAGUUCCAACAGGGUAGCUGAUAAUCAAAGUGCCUUAGUAAAGCCUCAGGAACCUAGCUUAGCAAAGGAGGCACCACGAAGCAAUAGGCGACUGGUGCAGGUUGCGCGUCAGCUUAUAUCAUUGUCUUCGAAAAGGUGGUGAUUUAAGUUGUUUGCUUAUCAAUCCAACAAAUAAGAGCAUUUAGGAGACACCCUUGAAGGAAGGCAACCUGUAGUUCGACUGCCAAUUAAUUUAGACUGGCAUUCUACUUCUCACCCCUGCCAGGUCAGCGAAGCAAAGAGUAGCCUACAUCUGGGAAGAGAGAGAGAGAGAGUGAUUUCAGUUCCUUCAGCAAGAGGCUGACAGAUAUCAUACCAUUGGUCUAUGAUAAUCGGAUUAUUCUUUUAUGUUCCCUUUAUUUUCAUAGUAUAUGUAGCUGUUGAAACUCCAUUUUGUGAUGGGGCAUUCUUUUAUGUUCCCUUUAUUUUCAUAGUAUAUGUAGCUGUUGGGAAUCCACAUUUGUGAUGUUAUCAUAACUUCAUAUCUUAUUUUUGA